AUGGAGACUUGGCAGCACUACUUACUGGCUCGGGAGUGUGUGAUCCAUACGAAUCAUGAGACUUUGAAACACUUGCGCGGCCAAACCAAUCUCAAAAGGAGGCAUGCCAAAUGGCUGGAGUUCAUCGAAUCCUUCCCAUACAUCAUCAAGUAUAAGAAGGGAAAGGAGAAUGUUGUGGCCGAUGCCCUGUCCCGAAGACAUGCCUUGAUCACCACCAUGGACGCCAAAGUUUUGGGAUUUGAAAGCAUCAAGGAUGUAUACGCGGAUGAUGUUGAGUUUGGGGAGUGUUACAAGAACUUUGGAAAUGGCAUCUAUGCAGAGUUCUAUGUGUAUGAGGGCUACUUAUUCAGAGGUCGGCGUCUUUGCAUCCCAACCGGCUCCAUCCGCGACCUAUUGAUCCGAGAAGCGCAUAGUGGAGGCCUGACCGGACAUUUUGGCGUGGCAAAAACUUUGGCCAUACUACAAGAACAUUUCUUUCAACGGGUCCGUGGGUCGAUAUGUCCAUGGACUUUGUCUUUCGAUUGCCACCCAUACAUCGGAAGGACACCAUCCUGGUUGUGGUCAAAUGCUUUUCAAAAAUGGCACACUUCAUUCCAUGCCACAAGAGCCACGACGCAGUGCACAUUGCCGAUCUGUUCUUUAGUCACGUAG